AUGAUUGCAAGAUCUGUGACAUCCAGAGGCUUCUUACACCUGAAGACGGCCAGAGGAACAAUUCGCCCUCACUGGCUGCCAACAUGUCGCCUGUACUCAGCUAGGACUGCUGUACCUCACGGACAGAUCCAUCCCCAAUCACCAAAGCCCCAAGGCUUUGAGCUUACUUCUCAAACCACCAUAAUAGCACCGAGAUCCAGUUCUCAAGCCCGACUUGAGAUUUUAAAGGGUUUAGAGCGAACGUUUCGCAUUUCAAAGCCAAAAUGGACGGAAUUCGUGAGGAAUCCUCAAGCUUUAGUAAUAUUGGGGACACCCGAAUUUGUGGAAUGGCUUGAAGAUGAUGAAUUGAUCCGGGAUGUUCUGGCGAAAAUUACCAGACCGUUGGAGAAUCAAGGCGUUGCCCCUAUCGAGGUUGAUAUACUCUGUGCUUGUGUCGAUGGGUUAGCUCCCUCUAUCGAACUUGCGUCGAGUGUGAGUCAAGUGAUCCCCCCACCUCAAGGGCUUUCUUUUCUCCACGGCCGAUCAAAAGAUAUUCUUCCGGGCCUUUGGGACAAAGAGGAUUCAUCGGCACCGAGUAACGAAAAAUUAUCCACCCUUACUUUCUCGGGCGGACAAAAGCAUCCCAUGGAUCUCACAGUGCCUUUGGCCAACACCCUAUUUACGACCGGGAAAUAUUCAACCCUCCUGGCAUCGAGAUGGCGAGCUACGGAUGGUUCCUUCACCAAGGUGAAAUUCGUAGAUAAGCGCCGACAGAUCAUUAACGUUUUUGAUGGCAUGCACCAAGACAAAACGAUGAUGUCUAUUCCUGCUAUUCCAUUGACCCCAAAUAGAAGAAUUACGGAAGGGCUUGGCAACAUCAUUCGCAAGCUUGACUUUGGUGCCGGCGGCAUUGGACCUGCAUCUCGCGAACUAGAAAGUGCGGUCCACGCCUAUAUAAAGACCAAUCCGAUGAGCUAUGUCUGGGCAUUUAUCACUCCUAAGGAUGUUGCCGAGGCUGGGCCUGUUGAUUCAUAUAAUGGACCUUUUCCUGUAACAAAACAUACGAAUGGGGGCGAGGUUGAUCAAUUACAUCCAAUCUACAUUGCUCGACGGAUUCUUAGAGGCGAUAUACUUUGUCGUGUUUUAAGCGGAGGUGGUGGCUGGGGCAACAAGCAGGGCCUGCUCUCGUUGGAUCCCCAAACAACAUACUACGGCAAGAAUCACGUACCGCUAGAGUUUUCACAUAGAACUAUGGAAGAACAGCAAACCUCAGCACUCGGAAUUUUAGCAGAGCCAGGAGCUUUCAUCCAAUUCUUUACCACCAAACCUGGGAGCAAUGAAAUUACACGAACUCAAGUCAGCGGGUCAGAUCCGUCCGUUCGGAGUGUCGUUGUUGGUACAAUUCCCAGCCCGGUGGAUGGAAUAGCCAUGGAGAUAUCCGAUGAUGCAAACGAUACGAUCGAAAUCCAAGGGGGCCAUUUCGGAUGUGUUUCACAGGCCGGUUUAUAUAUCCACAAGGAUCGAGAAAACAAGGAGCCGUACGAGACGAAGGUCGACCUCCCGUACUCGUUCUUCUAUUCGGGUACCGCAUCAGCUUUUCCCCCAGCGCAUCCCACCGAAAUUGCUACAGUACCACUUACCUCAACCCCUGAACCACGUCCCUACCUAAGAGAGGUGGACGAACUCGAGGACGCCGUGGCCCUAGCAGGAAUGACCGCAAUGAAUACCCUCGUGACGGCGCACCUCUUUGUUUUCGCACAGUCCAUCCGAGAUGAUAGUAGAAACAUGGACUCCGAGUGGGUUCACGAUAAGUUCGACGAUAACUCGGGGCGCCGACCAGCUCGCGUCGAAAGGCGUUAUACUCCUGAACGAUCCUCCGAACCAAGCGCGAAGCUCCUUGUCGAAAAUUUACAUUAUGAUUUGACGGAGGAUGAUUUAGAUGAUCUUUUCAAUCGAAUUGGCACCGUCCUCAAGUUAUCACUUGUGUACGACCGCGCUGGCCGAUCUGAGGGCAUAGCUUAUGUGACCUAUGAAAACCCUCAGGAUGCAAAGCGGGCUAUUCGAGAAUUUGAUGGUGCAAAUGCAAAGGGUCAACCAAUUCGUCUCAUCUCCAUUCCCUCAGGUCCAUCCGCUGGCCGCCGAAACCCCUUCAACUCGGUCGUUGUCCCUGGCCGUUCAUUGGCAGAUCGUAUCACAAUGCCACCAGGCAGAAGCCGAUCCGAUUCGCCUGUCCGCCAUUCCGAUGUCAGUGGACCGGCUCCAAGCAAUGUCGACCGAUAUGUGCCAGGCCGUGGUACCCGGUCUCGCAGCCCUCAGCCCCGCCGAAGAGAUGGGAGACGACCUGGUGCUAGGAGAGAGCGAGGAGAGAGACGUGGCGGCCGUGGUGGAGGUGGAGGCGGUGAACGAAUUGCUAGAGAUGGCAGACCCAAGAAGACGCAAGAACAGCUCGAUGCUGAGAUGGAGGAUUAUUUCGGAGGCGGCGGCGAAAAGCAGAACGGCAGUGAAGCUGCUGCUGCUGGGGCCCCCGCAGGCGGCGAAGAUGAUAUUGAGAUGGUGGAGUAA